GUGCCGGCAGCAGCGGUGAGGAACGGAUCUCUCGCUCACCUCUCCCGUCCACCCGACCGCGAUCGCUUUCGCGCUCAAUUGUCCGGCUUGGGUCGCGCUCAGUUGUCCGGCCUGCCCCUCUGGGGGUGUUCGGUGGUCGUUGUGUCCUAAAGAAACGGGCUCAAAGAUGUUAUGAGUUGUAUUUAGAAAGUCAAUUGUGAUUUUGUUCCCUGAAGUGAGUGCAUGUGUGUGUGUGAGAGAGAGAGAGAGAGAGAGAGAGAGAGAGCGUGUUUCUCGAUAAUUAACUAACUACGGUAAUUGUGCUAAUCGCCUCGGGUGCAAAUCGAACAACACAGCUAGAAUUUUAUUUUUGGGGGGGGGGGCCAAUGAGAGCCAAUUUAGCACUGAUGAAACAAAGAUUCUCAUGAAUUCGUAGAUGGAAAAAAAGAGAAAAGUUUUAAGGUGACAGAGAAGAAGAUAUCUUCAUAUUUUAUACAAUUUUGCGUAAUCUGUGAGCGAGACGGAGUCUUGCUUAUUAAGACGUCAAGAGGAGUACAAUUAGCGGACCAAGGGUCCUCUGACUCGGAGAAGAGAACUCUAGUUAAGGGACAGGCGGAGAGUAUGGGAACAUGGAACCCCAACAAGCGGCCAAACACUCAGCUAACUGGGGCAAGAACCUGUCUGCGGAUCAGCUAAUUGGCGUAAGAACCUGUCUGCGAAUCAGCUAACUGGGGCAAGAACCUGUCUGCGGAUCAGCUAAUUGGCGUAAGAACCUGUCUGCGAAUCAGCUAACUGGGGCAAGAACCUGUCUGCGGAUCAGCUAAUUGGCGUAAGAACCUGUCUGCGAAUCAGCUAACUGGGGCAAGAACCUGUCUGCGGAUCAGCUAAUUGGCGUAAGAACCUGUCUUCGAAUCAGCUAUCUGGGGCAAGAACCUGUCUACUGGUCCUAAUUGGGGCAAGACCCUCUCUGCUAAUCUGCUGAGACAAAAAUCUAUUUUCGGAUCAGCUAACUGGAGCAAGAACCUAUCUUUGGAUCAUGUUAGAGAAGUUUUUGUGAACGUAUCAAUAGGGAGCUACCCAACGCCUGAGGAGGUCAUGGCGAGGCUCCUGUAGAGGACACGUUCUGAUGGGUAUGAAACGUUUUUUGAAAUGCAUAACAUUUGUGACUGUGAGAAGUACCAGCAGCUGGAAUGCUUUUGAGAACGUACCAGCAGUUCUAACGUGUGUGAGGAAAUACCAACAAUCCUGGCGUUUGUGAGAACGUCACGCCACUGCUAACGUUUGUGAGGGUGUGACAGGUGAGAUGUUGACAGAAACUCGAAUAUUUACGAGAAAGUGUCAAGAGGAGUGAUUGAGAUCUGUGGCUCGUUAUGGCGUUCAGAGAGAGAUACAUCAAACAUCCCUGAAUCGUGUGAGGAGGAUCGAAUAAUAAGUGCGAACUUGUCACCUCUUCGGAGAUCAACUAAAAAUUGCCUGGCUUAUAUAUGAUAACUGAUGGCGAGCGGAAGUCACAAAAAAGCUGUCUUGGCCGAUAAGAAAGUCGGAGUAAAUGUAAUAUUUUAGUCAUUACGGCAUACCGGCGUUUAUAUACACUGCAUGAAGCUUUUUUUUAGAUGGGAAUUUAUAUACAAUAUGUCAUAUUUUUUAGGAGAGCUGCGAGACGUCAUCAUGACGCAAUGAGAAGUCAGUGAGCUGGUGUCAGCGUAGGGUCCGGUCACCUCUACUCUCCCGGCCUGAAAAUGAACUCUUGGAAGCCUGACACUAGCCUGCAGAGAGCAGCCAGGCUGCGUCGGACUAUCGUGUGGGCAUGGGUAUGGGCAUUCAUGUGGGCAUGGACUGUGUGUGGGGCCACUGGCACGUGCCCUAAAGUGUGCGAGUGCAAGUGGCGAGAUGGCAAGGAGACAGUGUCGUGUCCAGACUCCGAAUUCAUCGACAUCCCGAGAGGAUUGGAUCCCUCUACACAGGUGUUAGACCUAAAGCACAACAAUCUGCAGAUCCUGCCUCGCGACGCCUUCGUCGACACCGGCCUGGUCAACCUGCAGAAGGUUUGGCUCAACUUCUGCAAUCUCAAACACCUUGAUGGUGGCGCCUUCAACAUGCUAGCCAACUUGGUCGAGCUGGACCUAAGCCAUAAUCUCCUGCGGUCGGUGCCCUCGGCGGCUCUGAGCGACGUGUCUGGCUUGAGGGAGCUACGUCUCGCUUUCAACACCAUCAGCUCCCUCCCUGAGGCCGCGUUCACGCCCACGCCAGACUUGGUGCGUCUGGACAUCUCCCACAAUGUGGUUGAAGUCGUUCACAAGCGAGCCUUUCGAGGGUUGACUCGCCUGGAGGUGCUCAAGCUAUCCGUGAAUAAGCUAAUGACACUGCACGCGGAUAUGGUCGUUCCACUUGUGGCCAUACACGAAUUGCACCUGGAUGGCAACCCAUGGAACUGUGGCUGUCAGUUACGCCCUCUGCGUCAAUGGAUGAUUGAGCGCAAUGUGGCUUUUUCUGAACCCCCCAUAUGCGUUCAACCUGAUCGACUGAAGAGUCGAUCUUGGCAGACAUUGACGCUGGACGAGUUCGUUUGCGUGCCGAAGGUGACGGCGGUGGCACCCAGGGUCAUGGCUGCCCACGGGGUGAACGUCUCCCUGUCGUGUCGCGUGGAAACUGACAUCGACGCGGCAGUCACCUGGCUGGCUGGUGGUCGUCCUAUCCACAAUGCGAGUGAGUCGCGACGGUACCACGUGCUGGAGCUCGUGGCUCCCAACCUGGAGACGCGGCUCUCUAACUUGACCAUCUCCGGCGCAGCUCCGCAAGACCAGGGCACCUACCGCUGCGUUGUGCACAACAAGGCCGGCACGGUGGAGACCAAUUUUACCCUUCAAGUGUCUAACGAGAUGGCCGAAGUGCGGCUAGUCACUAUGGACCGUGUCUUCGUGACUGGUGGACUGUUGAGUGUUGUUACAAUCAUCUGCGUCGUUCUUCUUCUCCUCGUGGCAGUCGUCUUCCGCCGACGUCAGCGUCUAAGACGACGACGAGAUCAAGAAUGCGAACACAAGAACGAGACGCCACAGUCGUCCCAGGGACGCGGAAGCAUUUCCAGCGACUCACAUCCCAAACUCGCCGAAUACCACAUAGUGCCCACCAACGACUUAGAAGAACCGUCGCCGCUGCCGACACACUCCGACAAGUCGUGGAUGCUUAGAGACGCCUCCGUCGACGACUUCCCCUCCACAAAGGAACUAGAAAAACCGAAUGUUUACACAGACAAGGAGGAGAAACGACUAGCAAAACCCGGGCAAGGAGGCGAGGGUAAAUCGUCCUCCCCCAGCACGGUAUCCUACGUGGAGAUUCCCAAGUCAGAAAUGACCGCCACGUCGCACCAGCCGAUAGAGGAGAGACUACGCUGGCAGGAUCACCCGUACGACAGCAAGGGGACUCUGCUGCGCCAGGCCUGCGGGCAGGCAGGCUCGCACCUCUCCAAGGAGAGUGGGGCACAUUUCCCAGACUUGCUUGAUUUGCCUUAUAAGCAGCAGCUGUCGGCUCCCCGGCCGGCGGUGCAGCUGCUCAACCCCGCUUACUGCACUAUACCCCGGGGGAGUGCGGACAGCGCGCGGCAGAGUGAAGGGUCAGCGCCUACAGCCUCUUCAGCAGCUGAGCGCGAAGAGUCGUACAAUGAGACGACCUUCUCGCUGCCUGCAGGCCGUCGCUACAGGUGUGGCAGCUGGGUGGACCUGACGCAGGUUGAGGCGUCGGCCUCCACCUACCCUCACCCGACCAUUCGACACCAGCUGUCUCUACCAGACUCCUCGCCCAUCCUCACCCCUCGUCACCACACCCUCGAGGACCUCCUGGCCGCCCACAGAGCAGGGCUGGAAGGAGGCGCUGUAGGAGGCGGUGACCAAGUAGACCCUUGUAACCUGGAGUACCACGCUGCCCAGCUGGAGAAGUUCCUGGUGGAGUACCGGAGCCUACAGGAGCAGUUGUACCGGAUGAAGGAGUCCUACGAGGCUAGUCAUCGAGCGGAGAGAAGUGAGAGUCUUCACGAGGAGGACGUUGGAGAUGCUGAGGAUGACCUCGUACCUCCUCCUUGCCCUGAAGCCCCUACCUCCUCCCCAUCUCCCUACCUCCAAAAUCCCUCCAGUGACCUCCCUGAAGCUGGGAAUCAAGACGCUCUCAUGAGCACAGAGCCUCUUCGAGCCAUCCUGAAAAAGAGAUACGAAGAGGGUGCUAGAGGCCUUCCUGGUCUUCAGGGCCUGUUAGGACUCCAGGGCCUUCAAGGCCUGAAGAGUCUCCAAAGUCUCCAAGGACUCAAGGGACUGCAAGGUCUCCAGGAGCUACAGAAUCUCCAAGGACCUUAUUCUCAAAGUGCCUACCAUAGCGAGGACUCCGAUCGCCUCCGUCCGAUGUUUGGUUCCCCUCACAGUACGAAGUCUGACCUCGAGUCCUGAGGCUCGCUGAAGGAAGCAAACAGCCAAGAGGUGGAGCCUAGCUCAGGGGCUGGAGUAGGCGUGGAGUGAGAGAUGGAGAUGGAGGAGGAAUGGAGUGGACAAAGGAAGUGAAGUGUCAGAAGCAAAAUGAACUGAAGUGGGUUUCUGAAAACCUGUUGCAACGAGAACAUUGCUGGCAGCAACAGACCAAUGGAACGAGGGCACGAACUCACACCCAUGAGGAGUCCUUGAU